AUGGAGUAUGGCUCAAUGUUUUUCGUGUUCUUUGCAUUUAGAAGCAGAAGGAGAUUUUGUGUUGGAUCCAUAUUUGCGUUUGUUACGUUCAGUAGCAAGCAUGAAGACGGGUUUGCAGUUCGGUGGGCAGAUGGGAGGUUGUCGGAGGGGUAUAAAUUUUUAGUUUUUCUUGUUAUAUCUUCGGAACCAAAAAUCUUCAUAUAUGUUUUUGGCAACUCGGUGAAGAGGGUGUGGAUUCCGGCUAUUAGAGUUUCCAGGUCUUUCAAGGUUGCUUUGGAUGGUCGGAAUGACGUGGGUGGUCGGUCACAUGCAUUUGUUUCAGCGAUUCAGCAAUGUAGGACAGAAGAUCCGGGUCCUUUGCUCCAUGGCUUUUGCUUUAUAUUUCUUUCGGAGGUUCUUGAAGAAGAUAGUGUGUGCUUUGAUGGCUCUUGGGCCGGCGGUGGAGUGGUGAUCUCAGCUGUUGUCGGUGAUGGGUUGUUCUCUAGGUUGCAGGAGGGUUCUCUUGCUUUUGCUAGAUUCGAGGUCCCUUGGGUCAUGCAUUCGAUCGAGUCCACGAGAAGCAUGAGAAACAGCCAAAGCCAAAUACACGAUUCUUCCUCCAUCGACACCCAACCUCCGCGUCCCAAGCGGGUUUAUCAAGUUUGGAAAGGAAAUAACAAUUUUUGCUGUGGUGGGAGGGUGAUACUCGGCCCCGAUGCUUCAUCACUUUUCUUAACGUCGUUUUUGAUUGGAUGCCCCGCAAUUUCCUUCUGCAUAAAGAUGGCGUUGCAUAUGAAGCCCCAAGAUACAGUCUUUAACCAUCCAGUAUUGCUUGGGGGACUCAUACUCACUGUUUUGGAUUUAGGGUUUCUGUUUCUGACAAGCUUUGGAGAUCCUGGAAUAAUACCCAGAAACUCAAAACCGCCGGAACGUGGGGACGAUGAUGAUCUGUGCAAAAGCGCGUCGUUUGAUUGGGUGAAUGGGAAGAUGAACAGCCUGAGGCUGCCCAGGAUUAAGGAAGUGAAACUGGUGACGGGUGAAACGGUUCAAGUGAAGUUUUGUGAAACCUGUUUGUUGUAUCGGACGCCCCGCGCAUCUCAUUGCUCCAUUUGCAACAAUUGCGUCCAGAGGUUUGAUCAUCAUUGUCCAUGGGUGGGUCAAUGCAUCGGAGAACGCAACUACACAUUCUUCAUAUGUUUUAUAUCAUCAUCAACGACGCUGUGCAUAUACGUGUUCACCUGCUCUUGGGUGAACAUUCUUAAACAAGAUUGCGGCUUCUGGACAGCCGUAUCUCGGGAUGUCACAUCCGUUAUUCUCAUUCUCUAUUGCUUCAUCGUCUUCUGGUUCGUCGGCGGCCUCACAGUUUUCCAUUUCUACCUCAUUUCCACUAACCAGACGACCUACGAGAGCUUCCGGUACCGGUAUGAUCGGAAGGCGAAUCCUUUCAACAAGGGCAUACUAAGAAACUUCAGGUCAGUGUUGCUUUCAAGGAUCCCACCGUCAUUGAACAAUUUCCGGGCAUGGACAUCGGAAGAUGAUCCCGACGUGGAAAUGGGGGUUCCCAAGUUUUUGCAGAAGGCCGACUUUGAUGGUUUCGACAAUAAUUCGGCUUCCAAGAUCCAAAAUUCUAAAGAUAAACCUAAGUUUGAUAUAGCUUGAUUAUUAAAAUGACCAGCCCUUUAGGCCGU